AUCGUCAGAGCUGAUACUUAGCAAAUCUUUAAUGGUAAUCACACGCAGCUAUAUGCGCAUGCAAAUAAUUCGCCGGCCCACUGGUCAGAUAUAUGAAAUUAAGGUGUGUGCUUCACUAUACUAUUUUCUAUGUAUUAUGCUACCGCGACGGCAAAUUACAGCGUAGUCGGCUGUAAUAUAGCGCGGGAAAAAGCAGCGCGGCGGAACAACGAUGUCGAGUGACGUGUCUCCCCCUGAUGUGCUGGAAGUCGUCAGCGUCGUGGGCAAGGCGGUGUGCGCAGGCGCGGCACUGACAGCCGCUCUCUACUUGAUCCGCAGAGUGUGUUUAAUGAUGGCCUGGAAAUCGGGAGGAGCUAGCCACGCCGAGCUCGUCAACAACCUCCGCAAAAAUGGCAUCAUCAAGUCGGACAAUGUUUACGAGGUCAUGCUUGCCACAGACCGGGCGCACUUCUCCAGAUGCAACCCAUACAUGGACUCCCCCCAGUCAAUAGGUUAUCAAGCCACUAUCAGUGCGCCGCACAUGCACGCUUAUGCCUUGGAGCUCCUGCACGAGCAGCUGCAUGAGGGGGCGAAAGCUCUGGACGUGGGAUCGGGAAGCGGGAUCCUCUCCGUCUGCUUCGCCCGCAUGGUGGGGCCCAAAGGGAAGGUGAUAGGAAUCGAUCACAUCAAGGAGCUGGUGGAGGAUUCGAUAAAGAACGUGAAGAAAGACGACCCUAGCCUGAUCACGUCGGGCAGGGUGAAGCUGAUCGGUGAGUGA